GUUUUGACCGAGCUUGAUUCCAUUGUGGGACUGGAUGGAGUCGAAACACUCUAUGAAGUACACUGACUACAGGCGAACAAUCGGAGUUAGUGACAAAGUGUGUUGCCAUGUCAGUAUGUUGAGCUAUUUACUGACGGCGAAGAGGCGUCGUUUCCAGUGUAACCGUCACCGAGGUAGUGCCUUCUUAUUUAUGAUGGCUGAAACUUAGUUCAAGUCGCAAACUUUGAGCAAGGAGGAGUCUUUCCCAAAACCUUUCCUGUUAUUGCUAUAGAAACAACAUGGCAAGCACGCUAUCUCUUUUGAUAAGGGCAUUUACUUUAAGCUUGUACUUCGUAGCGUCCAAGUGUUUGUUUUCUAUACCGCUCAAAAUAUACACAGGGAAGUAUAAUUUAUCCUCGGCUGUGGAUUUGACUCUGCGGCAAGUUGUCUUAACGUCAGAUGGAAACGGCCUCUCUUUGGCCUCUGAUCCAACCGGGACCGUGAACUUUCUGGAUAUGGUCAGUAACUUACAAGGGGACUCUGGAAGAGGAUACUACAUUGAAAUGUCGCUUGGUACUCCAGGUCAAAAGGUAAUUUGUAUGUUUAACGCAUUUACUGUGACAGUGUGCAAGUCUGGGACUGUUUUAAAUCUGUAUUAUUUCAGUUGUGGUGUUAAAAAGUUUACCCCUUUUGAGUUUUUAUUUUGUCAAAAGUAUAACUUGUUUUAUUUUUCUUCUCCACCUCAAUAGUUUUGACUCAAACAGGGCCAUAUGUGAUUUUCAGUCAGCUGGUGUCAGGUCUGAUGUGUCUGCUGUUGUGUGUGAACAGGGGCUGGUCGGUCCACCAUGUGAUCUAGUGAAGGACGCUGAGUGUGUGAGUGGACUGGGUGUGUUUGUUUCACCCUAAGGCUCGAGCUAACUGUCUAUGCAAUAUCUGUUGUUUUGAUGUAUUUAUGAGUGUUUUAUAAUACCUAGCAUAAAAAAAGUCUUAGGUCAUGGGAAGAAGAGGGUUGAAUAUUUAUCUAUCACAGUCUCUUUUAUAUGAAAACAGUUCUCUUAAUUUCAGGCCAGUCUAGAGGACAAGCAGCAGGGCAGGACGAUAUAAUGGGUGUGGGGUGCAGGCAGUGGGCUCAAGUCUUAAGGGCCUUGGUUUAUGAAGACUAAACUCCCCUCACAUGCACUCACAUGAUGCUGCCUGGAAGGACCACUGUUUCUUACCAGGCAGCUGAUGGGGAUUAUGAGGCACCCAUGGAGCAAAGAGCAAACCCCACAGCAGAGGGAUAAAAGUUCCUUUUCAAAGAUAUUUGUGAUUUCCCAAUAGACUGAAAAGAUGUCUUUGUACAUUAAGAUUGAUUUCUUUUUAUCUGCUCCUUAUAGAAAGAGCAAAACAAUAAUAAUUUAAUUUGAAUGAUUGAGGGGGAUUUAAUGCUCCUGGUAAAGUUGGAAAAGGGUUAAGGCUGCCCAAGGUUUGAGGGUUCACCAUUUUGUUGUAAAGGGAUGUGUUUGAAAUGGGGCUUUAACUGUAUGAUGACUCGGUCUAUUGUUUAUUGGAAUAUCAUCAGUUUCUCAAGAUCACACAGGCUAGUCAGUGCAGCCACUCCAGUCAUUAUCCUGUGUCAAUCUCUAAGAGGAUGUGGUUUCAACGCUUGUCAAAGUUCAGUUCCUACAUCUAAUCUUUACAGACAAUUUAAACAUGUUAAAAAUAGGUGGAUUAUUUGCUUUCUUGAUUGAAUGAUAGUAUACUAGUGUAAAUGAUUGUAAGCAAAACACUUCCUUGUACCUGUUCCUGAUUGCCAGAAACAGAUGUGGUUACCAUUUGCCACCAACAGUCAAUAGAUAGACUAUAAUAAUGAUAGUAAUGAAGUUAAAAGGACCGGACAGAAAUAGUUUAGUCAGAACACACAUUGGAUUAGAAUUUUACAUGUACACUACAUUUCUAAUUAAGUGUAAUAUUUAAUUGAAGGUGCUGUAGUAGUGUCAGAGUGGUGUACCUUUUGAUUUCUAUUUAACCUCACAGCUAUCAAUAUGACUGAACACAGCAGGCAGGGUAGAGGUGCCAUGAAAAUCUCAGUUGACGGUUCUGUCAGCAAAAAAGUGAACUACUAUGCACCACACCGAGGUACUGAACCAGUUUUGAACAAAGAAAGCAAUAGUCUUUACAUCUCUUAGCAUUGUGUUACCUAAAAUGACAUGUCAUUGACAGUGGUGAAAAAUGUCAGUGUCAGUGUCAGGUGACUUGUUUUCCACACAGCCUGAGGAAGCUGGAGAAGAGGAGGUAAACACUGAUGUUUUUUAACAAACAUUUCUUUGAAUGUUGCACCCAUUAUGGUGCAAUUUUAGAAAUGGUGUUUUCUAAAUGUACAAAUUGUGGCAAUGUUAUAGUUUUCAUAGACAUAAAAAAGUAUAGAAAGUCACUGCAACAUCAGAAGUGUAUGUUCACACUUUUUUCUUCUUCAAAGUUUGUAUUGUAAAGAUAAAGGAAAGAGUUUUCCCUUGUGAUAUUCCUGCUCUGAUGUUACAGCUGUAACAAACAAAUCUUAAAGAAGCCUUUAUAUCGGUUAUUCAUGGCUGCAGAGCUUAGUCCACAUUAGUUCAAAUGGAAAAAUGCCUUGUAACUCAGCUGUAUUGAGUAAUACACUUAAUAUUAUCCAGACUAAAUGAUGAUGUGAUUAAAGGGCCAUGGUGUUAAAUGAGGCACUAUUCAAAUGAGCCACUAAUUGCGGCAUCUGUUGGCAUAUGGUGCAGCCAGGCUGAGGUGUCGGCUGGAGAGCCUCACAUCUGCUAAUUGGUACAAACAGGUAGCAGAUGCACAUUACUGCCAUGGAUCCAGUGCCAAUUAGGCAAUGAAUGCUCAACUGUAGGCGACUGCAGGCUGCCGCAGCAAUACGAGGAGGAUUUUUUUUUUCUUUUUUUUUGCAUAUGACACAGCAGCUGACUAAGGGGAAGAAAGUUUAUAAGGAAAAGAAAGCUGGUAUGGAGAUAAAGAGAUAAAGAAAUGCCCCCUGUUCUACCACAUUCCCCUGAAACCACAGUAUUUCCCCAAAAGACUUUAUUUGGCUGGUUCAGGUGUUGGUUUCAGCAGUAGGGUUUUAGAUGGCACAAUCAAGAGGAACUGGCAAGCCUGAUUUACACAGACCUGGCUACUUUUGCUCAUACUUAUUGAUAGCCUAUUGUUGAUGUCCAAAAUAUAUUUUUUCAAGCUGUUACGUAAUGACCUGGCCUGUGCAAAUCAGUGAAAUGCUUUCUGAAAAGAAAAUGAUGAUACUUGAGGAAAAGGGUUUCUGGUUUCCAAGGUUUCAAAAGUUUUCCAGUGAGGGUUUAGUUUUUUGUUUGUCCGUAAACAAUCUAGUGCUUUUUGUUUUUUCAAAUUCCUGCUGUUCCGCUUUGUCUCAAACAAAGGAAGCCACGGGGUGGUGUUGAUAGAUGGAUUGUUGCAGUUACAUUUUGCCUGUGCCUCUAAGCAUGCUCAAUGAACACUUAUUGUUCUAUCGACCAUCAUGUGACAUCAUUGAAGACACUGUAUGGAUCUUUGUGUUGUUGAGUCAGUCAUCAGAUGGCUGUGGGACAUAGGGUUUAUGACCCCAUCAUGGUGAGGAAUGCUCCCUACUUGAGUGUUAAUAUGGCCAGCACUCUGUGAUCGGAGGUGACAGAAGUCUUCCGGCUAAUUAGUUCCUGCUUGUUGACUUAAUGCCUGGGAGAAAACAUUAUCUCAAGAGCUGUUAGCUGGUCUCCACUGUGCACAUGACACAUACUAUGGUGGGUCACACAGUCAUGUAAGUAUCUGGAGGCUUUCUUGUUUGACUCAUAGAUCAUACAUUAAAGAGCAGUUAUAUGAGUGUUGGUACUAGCAAUUUUAGCUCCAUUUCAAAGCUCGUCAAGCAAGUUUAUGACACCAUGAGCUUCGGAAAAUACUCAGUUCUGGAUUUUUUUAAACCUUUUUUGAAUUUUACUGAAACGCUGAAAAUUAGAGAAAUACCUUCUGUUUCAUAUUGUAAUACAGCUGUAAAGUGGACACUAUAAGCUUCAGUCUUGGGCUGCAUAUCUGAGUCAAUGAGAACUCUACCUUAAAGAAGCAAUUGGACAGCUGCAAAAAACUUGCAUUCCACCAAAUGAUUCCAUCAGGUAAAAAUAAUACCAAACAUGUACUGCAUGGCAAACAAAUGGCAAGGUCGGUGUAUUUUACCAAUUCUUGAUGCAUUGAGAUCCACAAAAACAGCUAAUUAAAAACUGCUGCAACUCCACCAUGUAUCUUUCAAAUAUACGACAUAGAAAAUACAUCAAAGAAAUGUAAAAUGUUAUCAGCUUUGUCUGCCUAUUUGUACAUUUUAGCUCAAGAAAUCACCCGAGACAUGCAAAAAAGAGGCAUUCACUUGCUCUGAGUAAGCUCUGAUACGCAGUCUGAACUUGGCGUGCUGUACUUUGUUAUUCCUCAGAAGUAACCGUGUAAUAUUCUAAUGAUCUUCUUUUUAAUGACUGAUUAACUGAUUAAUAUGCACUAUCUUGCAUGACUGUUGGUGUCUUUGCCAUUUAUGUGUUUCAAUGCUGUUUGCACAAGGCAAAGUACCCAAGGGGCAAUAAAAGUUGCAUUCAUUCAUUCCCUCAUAAUCAUGUUUUUAUUUUAUGUAAAGAAUCUUGUUACUCAGCUUAAGCCUUCUGCUUUUUGUCCCCCUUACAAGUAAUUCAAGUAAAAACUGACUUUGAACUUGGGUAAGUUGCAGUUAAGAAGCUUUAAGUCCUCCUAUCAAUGUAUUACACCCGUGAAUUUUGUAUACUGUAUCUAGGAGCACUAUAAGUCAGAGUGAGGUUGUCUUGAAGGGGAUUAACUUGAAUGGCUUUUAAAUACCACCCUGCUUUGUGUCUUUCAGCUCAACAUCCUGGUUGACACAGGCAGCAGUAACUUUGCCGUGGCAGCGUCUGCACACCCAUUUAUUUCUCACUACUUCGACACUGCACUGUGAGUGGUUGGUUAAUGCUCUUUCGCAUUAACAGUGGAGGUUAAAUUAACAUAUUACAUAUAUUUAUAUACUUGUAUUUUUAGCUUACAAUCAGUAAAAUGAUGACUUACUAUGUCUUCCAGUCCAGUCAUAUUCUCUUCUUGAGAUAAGCACUUAGUUAAUCUCUGAAUAUUUGGGUUUCCUCCCCUGUGUUUAGCUCCACUACCUAUGAGUCAACUGGGCGGACUGUGGCUGUUCGGUACACCCAGGGUAACUGGGAAGGUGAACUAGCCAUCGACCAAGUCUCCAUUCCCAAGGGCCCAAAUGGAACUAUCGUUGUCAACAUAGCUGCCAUCCUCACCUCUGAUGGAUUUUUCCUUCCUGGGGUUAACUGGCAGGGUAUCCUUGGACUGGCCUAUCCUAUGCUGGCACGGGUGAGAGAUGCCCAAUAAUUUGAAUAUGAUCAUUGUGAUUUGACAAAAACACAAACUAAUAGAAAAGAUAGCCUGAGCUGUGUUUUUGAAAGUAAUGGAUAUAUCGUUGUAUUCAUAAUCUAUAUAUUACACCAGAUUUAUUUUAAGUUUAUAAAGCAUAUCCUUUGCAACAAUGGACACAUGAAAAGAUCUUGUAGGGCUCACACAGUAAAAUAAUCACAAGAAGGUUGACCCAAAAAAUCUGUUACAUGUAAAGGUUUGGGUUUUCAACUAGUGUUUUGUUAAAAAAAAAUACUUCAUCAAAAUAUUUGGCUCUCUGACAUUUUCAUGUUUGGAUUUUCUGUCUUUAUACAUCGGAAAAGAGAAAAUAAUGUAAACCAAGCCGGCCCUAAUGAUCACAAAAUUUUAAAGCAGAAAACACAAAAGGUCAAAGUUUAAAAUAAUAGAUAAGUUAAUGUAUUAACAAACCUGUCUCCCAAAUAGCCUGACUCUUCUGUGGAGCCAUUUUUCAACUCAAUGGUGAGACAGCUGGGAAUUCCUGACAUCUUCUCCCUCCAGAUGUGUGGUGCUGGACUGUCAGCCAGCAGCACAGUGGACUUGGCAGGAGGCAGUCUUGUGAGUGGUUUUACUCAUGGUGGGGCACUUCUCCUCUUGGAAAAGAAAACGUAUUUAUUUCAUUAAUCAGGCAAACAAUAUCAGCUUAACACAUCUAAAAUUAUAAGAGUUGAUAUCCGCCUUAUUGGUGUUGGUUCUGCAUUGUUGGAAGCUGAGUCAGUUAAGAGUGGAGAUAAUUAAGCGAAGACAGUAUCCUGCUGAGAGCAGGUCUGUCGCUGUGAUACAAACAGCCUAGGUGUCUCGCUUGCUGAGUCUUCAUUAUGUAACCCACUGAGACAGGCAGAUGGAUAAAAUGGCAGGUUGCUUGUGUGUGCACAGUGUUUUAUUUAUUUAUUAUGACAAAUAAUAGCACAGGGAUGAACAUUUUUUCCUGUCCUAAUUGUAUAUUCUGUGUAACUGUUAUAUUUGUCCCCCUCAGAUCAUGGGAGGGGCUGAACCUGCUCUGUUCCGGGGGUCAGUGUGGUACACCCCUAUAGUAGAGGAGUGGUAUUACCAAGUUGAGGUUCUCAAGCUUGAAGUUGGCGACCAGAAUCUAGACCUGGACUGCAGAGAGGUAAACUUCAUAUGCUGCUUUGCUUCCAUGAUUUUCUCACAGUUUUGAACCGCAUCCCUCACCAUAUAGAAGUAAAUGAUGUUUUUAAACCAGAGAUAGAAAGGCAGUGAGUUGCUUUUUAGCUAGAUUACAACACUGGAAUUAAAUUAAAUUUGAAUAGUGUCCCUGCAAGGGUAUGAAGUCAUCUGUAAGCAUGUAAAAAAAUAUAAAAUAAAAAAAACAUCAAAAUUUUUCUGUUUUUAUUUAAUCACUCAAGGUCUUCUAUAGGAAACUGUUGAACUAAAAAACUACUGCACAGCACCCAUUAUUGAAUUUCUCUUUGGGGAUCAAUGAAUUUCUCCUCUUAUCUAAUCUUCUCUUUUGCUUUCAGUAUAACAUGGAUAAAGCCAUAGUUGACAGUGGGACAACAUUACUGCGUCUUCCUGUCAAUGUCUUCAAUGCUGUGGUAGCAGCCAUCACACGCAGCUCUCUGGUACGUUCCCAUUUUGCUUCUGACGGUGAUGAAAUAAGCCAAAGUAAAAGAGAUGCAGAGGGGAUGAUAACACACACUCACUGUUCAAGGACGUUGUAGCUUUUAGAGGACAAAUGAGUUUCUUUGAUGUAAAAAAAUAAGUAUGUAUGUGUGUUUGUUUGUGCAUGUGUUUCAAUGCUCACCCUUUGUUUUUUUUUAGUGCGUUAAUGUUUUGUUAGUGCUCACAAGUAAACAAGGUUUAAUUUAAACCAGGAAGCAGUGUUUUCAACUUAUGUACCCGUAUCCCUGUAGAUUAAUCAUAAUUGAAAAACAAUAGCAUCACCUGUUUUGGUGCAGUGCUGAUCUUUUUUUUUUUUUCGGUCUGUUUGUCUUUUAUUCUCUUUGGUUCAGAUUCAGGAGUUUUCUUCAGGGUUCUGGGAAGGCACGAAGCUUGCUUGCUGGAUGAAGGGAGAAACCCCCUGGAGGUUUUUCCCAAAGCUGUCCAUCUAUCUUCGGGCCACAAACACCAGCCAGACCUUUCGCAUCACCAUCCUGCCUCAGGUGCACUAAAACAAAAUGAAUCCUUCUAGUAACUUCCUCAUCCACCUAAAACACAGAAACAUUGAUCAAUCCUUCUUACUCUUUGAUUACUUUGUCUGUCGCCUUACAGCUGUACAUCCAGCCAAUCAGUGACGUGGAUGGCACCUUAGACUGCUUCCGUUUUGGCGUGUCUUCCUCAUCUAAUGGCCUGGUGAUAGGUGCUACUGUUAUGGAAGGUUUCUAUGUGGUGUUUGACCGCACCCAGCGGAGACUGGGUUUCGCACUGAGCAGCUGUGCAGGUGAGGGUUCAUACAAUGCUAAUGCUAUGAUAGAAAAGUAUGAAAAGCAUCUAAUACCAUGUCCAAACAUUGUAAAUUGGUGAAAACAUUUUUUUUUUCUUUUUAUGAUAUCAGUUAAAAAGGUUAACCUAAAAAGAAAAAGAAAAAAAAAAGAACAGUACUGUCCAUUAAGUUCCUUAGGUUGUCAUACUCCAAUGUCAGCAUCUUUCAUUACUUUUCAAAUGUGCAGUAUGAUUCCAGUGAUAUGAUAUUAAUAAUUUGUAUGCAUGUGUCUGUUUAUGUACAGUUUAAAAGACAUUGUAAAUCAUAGUCCCCAGAAUAUGCUCUGAAAUCUCAGGCCCCCUUUAGUUGACUUCAGAUUGUUUUCAGGUAUCAGUAUAAGUAAGUAUGAAUGUAUUAAAAAAAGUUAAAAAGACAUUAAAAUGCUAAAAAAAAUAUUAUCAAAGACAGAAUAGAUGAUCCGCCAAAGUUGUUUGGAGUGGCUACUACUCAAGAUUUCAUAAAACGGCUUCUCGUCUAAUGUCUGGUGUAUUUUCUCUAUCUAUUGAUGGUUAAUCCAUUAAGCUAAUUCCCCCAUGAUAUUAUUGCUAGGCGACAAUACAUUUAUUCUUGAGCUGACAAAAAAGAAAAAGAAACAGGUACCAGAAUUUUGUAUAGUAGUUUGACAAAUUGAUAACUCAUGGAAAAUUAAACUCUGCAAUUGGAAAAAUGUUUUGUAAAAUUAACCAAAACUUCCUGGAUAAAUGGUAGAGGCCUUACUGCUUCAAACCUACAAAAACAACAACUCCUACUUCCUUGUGCUGUGUAAAUAUGAGCUCCGACAACGCCUCCCACUCUCAUCUCAAAGUACAAAGAUCACUUUUGUCCAUUAAUAAGUAAAGUUACUUGGAAGAGAUGUAGGCUGAAGGUUAGAGAGUCGGUAUUAAGUUGAGCUUCAAUAACUGGGAUGGCUCUAAAAAAAACUCUUUUCAUGUAGUAAGUUUCCCUCAAGUAAAGCAGAUGAACUCAAAUUUGUAUGUGAUGAUACGCUUAGUUUCUACCGUUAAAAGACAACAGAAGCAGAUACGUUCAAGCAGUUGUCAUGCAGUCUUGAUUUCCCGUUUAUAAUGGACUUUAGAUCGUUAUCAUCAAAGUGAUGAUUAUCGUCUUUCAUUCAGAAAGUAAUCUCAAAUUGAUUUCAACUACAUCCUUUUUGAUCUGCCAGUCCAGCUUUUUGAAUUGUGUAAAUAAUUUUUGUUCUGGAUCUGUCCAUAUUUACAUUAAUAUCAUGCAUGGGUUCUCAUGGUCUUCAGAUGAUAAUUAAUAAUUAUUAAUAGCUCCGUAACCGUCUUUUGCUCCACUGCAGUGAACAGUGGGAUGGCUCUGUCGGAGAUAGCGGGACCCUUCUCAGCAGCAGAUGUGGCGGGCAACUGCUCUAGUGGGCCUCUGAAGGAGCCUCUUCUUUGGGUGAUUUCCUACGCCCUGAUGGCGGUCUGCGCCUUUGUCCUUGUCAUUCUGCUGCUUCUAUUAGUCCUGCCCUGCCGACGCAGACGACACUCAGGGGAGAUAACAGACGAGUCCUCACUUGUCCGCCAUCGCAUCAAGUGACUGAGAGGAAAGGGACAGGAGGACAGGGUGAAUAGACAAGGGGACAGCACAACGGGCGCAUCCACCGCAGAGGGGAAAGGCGUUACUCUUGACCUGCACCAAACAUUGACACAUGGCUCUAAAUGCCUGACAGAGUUAAGAGUGAACUCAUCAGGUUGCCCCGUGGAGGUAAAAACAGACGCAUCAACGGCCUCUUGAAGGGAAUAUCCGCCCUUAACACACCUCUUAGAGACAGAUUUUGAUGUAUUUACUGUUUUGUUGCCAUAUUUUGUGGCAUAUCUCACUUGUUUCUUGAUGAUUACCAGUUGUAUAAUUUCAUGUAUUGUGUGUAGUUGUUUGCAAAUAGCUGGAGGGGGACAAUCAUCCGGAAUACUCACUCACUCAUUUGUGGUGCCGAAGUUUUACUGAUUUCUUCCGAGCCAAACCGUAUUAUUAUUUUCAUUUCCUCAAAGCAAACAGCCUCUACAGUUGAUUAUCUGCCACUAACAGAUGUUUAAGGCUUAAUUCAUACCUGUAAUCCCUGUAGUCAUAUUUUUUUUGCCAUACUCUGUUUGAAAGUUAACCUUUUACAUCUUCCGAGGAGUUAAGUUUAUGCCUGUGUAUGUCAACGUUUAAAAGCUGCUCAAACAAUCACUUUAAAGACUGUUACUGAAACAGAGUUAGAGCCGUAUUGUGCCUUGAAGUCUUAGCUGUCUGGCAGUACAAUAUGAUUCACACCACAAGUCGGAUGAGAGUUACUCUGCUGAACUGCACUUUGUUCCUGGAGUCAAUCAAAGAUGUAAUAUAAAUCUAAAUAUCAGUUUUGUUUCAAUCUGCAAUGCAAUUUGUUUGGUUUAUUAUUUUUGAUUAUUCUGUAUACAACUAACUUUAUAUUUAAUUCUUCUUAAAUGAGAUGUCAUAGUUUUCCAAAUGUUUUUUGUAGCCACUAGAUGUCAAAUGCUAAAUAUAAAGCCAUACAGCUCACUGUAUACAGAGUUACAUGAGAGCCAAAGGACUUUUUUUUAGAUACAAAUGUGCUACUUCUAAUUACUUGUUGACCUAAGAUAACUACUUAGCAAAGCUGACUGAUUCAUUUGCAGUAAGAAGUGAGCUUCUUUACAAACUGACAACCACUCAUGAAAAGCCAAUGAUGCAACACAUGAAGGUUGUUCCUCCUUUGAGACUGCUGCAUAAUAUCAGAUUUCAUCACCCUGAUGAGUCACUGUCUGUUAGAGUUGUAAAAUUUAAGGUACACUUGAAUCUUUGAAUAUUCAUGUAUUUAGUGUUUCUGCAACAAACCGUGCAUGUUUUGUAAACAGAAGUUCUUGUGACCAAAUCAGAGAUGUAAAUCAUUUUAAAUAAAUAAACAAACCUUUUUUUAAAGGCUACUCUGGAAUAAAACAUCAUUUUGGAUUCAGGAAGAGGUGGUAUGAGAGUGACAUCUUGUGUUGGUAUAUGAUAUCUUGUCAAAAUAUGACACUAAUUUAUGUGUAAACUUUGAAACAUUUUGUUGUUCAGAGGUUUUAAUAUCAUUAAAUAAUUGACACAAAAAAUGUUACAAG